AGUCCUUUGCCACCUUUUAAUGGAGUAACAACACUUCGCUUCGUUCCUGAAGUAAAUUGUAAACGGGGGGUUCAAGUCAAGAACGGUUAGACGAUCGGUUUGAAAGAUUGUAAAGUUUAACGUCUCCCCCCGGAACUGUGUAACUAAAAACCGGCACGAAUAAACAAUUUGGAUUGAGAAAUGGAGGAUUUGGACAACGUGGGUGGUUCCGAUUUCCAACGAUUUCUGCUAGACUUUGGAACCAUUCAAUUAACCAUUCCGAUAGAAGACCACGUCGUGGGAACAGGAUCUGGGUUGUCUCCUUUUGAGGGGGAAGUUACCAUUGCUGGAAUAGAUGACAUCAUCCCAGUGGAAUUAGAACAACAACGUCCCUCUUUGGAAGAUAACUCCUUAUCAUCAUCAUGCGAGUCAUCACCAGUUGAUCAAGCCUCAUCGCUACCACCACCGAAAAGGAGGGGACGUCCACCCAAACUAGAUAAGCCCAGGCCAGUUAAUCCACCCCGAGUAAAAGCGUAUGAAUUACCACCAACCACAAAACCCAUCCGAAAUGCGAUUACUGCUCGGAAAAACCGCGUCUUGGCGAAGGAGCGAGAACAAGCCAAAGAUGAAGAAAUUUUGAGAUUGCGUAACAUCAUUAAAGAGCAAGCAGUACGACUUUCGGAUUACGAGAAACGAUUCCAGAACAUCCUGGAAAACGUGUUGAGCGGUUAAACCAAGAAAAGUUGGGACGAAAUUGAAAUUACAACGUUUCAGGUAGCAAACAGAAAAAAUACAAAAAACCCAAAAAAAUUGAAAAAUCAUAAAACCAUAAAACCACAAGUAAGCAAGCAAGCGAGCAAGUUAUAAACAAUUGAACAAAUACACAAGCAAGCACACAAGCAAGUUAUAAACAGUUAAACAAUUAAACAAAUAAACAAGCAAGUACGCAAGCAAGUUAUGAACAAUUGAACAAAUAAACAAGCAAGCAAGCAAGCGAACAAAAAAAAUGUAACAAUGAUGCAAACAAGCAAACGAAAGAAAAACAUUCAAACCAGCCACAAGCAACUCGGAUAGAUAAAGUAUCAAAGUUGAUAAUCCCAUGAUAACUCAAUACUUCGAUAAUCGACAGCAUUUACAUCAGAAUUUAAUCAAAAAAGGACUCGAUUCAAUUCUGCUGGAUAUGCGGCCGACCGUCUGAACUCAUUGAUUAUGUGAACCGACGCCUUUACACGAAUGAAGUAAGAAUUUUGGAAUUUCGAAAAAAAAGUAAAAGUCUUACGUAUAUAUUUUGUCGAAAAACACAAUAUCCACUUACUUCAAAUUUAGGAAACGGAAAAGAAUAAUUGUUAUGUCAAGUCAUACAUAGUCAUAAAAACUUAAAUAAUCCUUUAUUAAAUUGUUAUGUCAAGUCAAGUCAAGUCAUGUAUGUAACUGUUAAUUAAAUUGCCAAAACUAAUGAGUUAAUUUAUGUAACUGAAAUUACCGGACGGAAUUAUGAUUAUGACAUUUAUAAUUUAUACAUAAAGUGACUAUUCCAUGUUAAUGAUUUGUAUGUACAUGUGUCUGGUUACACUCUAAAUAAAAUUCUAUACAAUUUUCUCCAGUUACUCAACUUGGGGUAAAUUUUACACAACUUUAUUUAGAGUGCAGUAAGAAAAUAAAUUUCAGUUUUUGUCCCUAUUUGGUAAAAC